AUGGACGCGCAGACCGGAGCGCUGGACGUCGUCACCCCCCUGGACUACGAGGUCACCAAGGAGUUCACGCUGAGGAUCCGGGCGCAGGAUGGUGGGCGCCCACCGCUCUCCAACAUCAGCGGGUUGGUCACCGUGCAGCUGGACCGGGAGAUGGUUGACUUCUACAGCUUCGGGGUGGAGGCUCAGGACCAAGGGACACCCCCCAUGGCCUCCACUGCUAGUGUUAGUAUCACCAUCCUGGACGUCAACGACAACAGCCCCGAGUUCACGCAGCGAGACGUCAUCACCUACCAGAUCUCCAGCGGCAACACCCGCAACAGGUUCUCCAUCACCAGCCAGAGCGGUGGGGGCCUCAUCUCCCUCGCUCUGCCGCUGGAUUACAAGCUGGAGAGGCAGUACCUGCUCACCGUCGCCGCCUCCGACGGCACCCGCCAGGACAGCGCCCGGGUGGUCAUCAACGUCACCGACGCCAACACCCACCGCCCCGUCUUCCAGAGCUCCCACUACACCGUCAACGUCAACGAGGACCGGCCCGUGGGCACCACGGUGGUGGUGAUCAGCGCCACGGACGAGGACACGGGGGAGAACGCCCGUAUCACCUACCUGAUGGAGGACAGCAUCCCCCAGUUCCGCAUCGCUGCCGACACCGGCGCCGUCACCACCCAGACGGAGCUGGACUAUGAGGAUCAGGUAUCCUACACCUUGGCCAUCACGGCCCGGGACAACGGAAUCCCACAGAAAUCCGACACGACCUACCUGGAGAUCCUGGUGAGUGACGUCAACGACAACGCGCCCCAGUUCCUGCGCCAUUCCUACCAGGGAUCCAUCUACGAGGACGUCCCUGCCUUCACCAGCGUCCUGCAGGUCUCUGCCACCGACCGCGACUCGGGGCGCAUCGUCCGCACCUUGCGCCGAUUGGACCGGGAGAACGUGCCGCUCUACUCCCUGCGGGCGUUCGCCGUCGAUAAGGGCGUCCCGGCUCGGCGGACGCCGGUGGAGAUCCAGGUGACGGUAUUGGAUGUCAACGACAACCCACCUGUCUUUGAGAGGGAUGAAUUUGACAUCUUUGUGGAGGAGAACAGCCCCAUCGGGUUGGUGGUGGCCAGGAUCACGGCCACCGACCCCGACGAGGGCACCAACGCCCAGAUCAUGUACCAGAUCGUGGAGGGCAACAUCCCAGAGGUCUUCCAGUUAGAUAUCUUCUCCGGGGAGCUCACUGCUUUGGCUGACCUGGACUAUGAGGCCAAGGCUGAGUACGUCAUGGUGGUCCAGGCCACCUCGGCGCCGCUGGUCAGCAGAGCCACUGUCCACGUGCGGCUGCGCGACGCCAAUGACAACAGCCCUCAGCUGAAGAACUUUGAGAUCCUCUUCAACAACUACAUCACCAACCGCUCCGGCAGCUUCCCCGGGGGCGUCAUCGGCCGCAUCCCUGCACACGACCCCGAUGUCUCCGACCGCCUCACCUACGCCUUCGAGCAGGGCAACGAGCUCAACCUGGUGCUGCUGGACCCCCAGAGCGGGGACCUGCGCCUCAGCCCGGCCCUGGACAACAACCGCCCGCUCGAGGCCGUCAUGAGGGUCUCUGUCUCCG